AUGGGGAAGAAGACGAAAUUUAUAGGUCUACUGUGGUGUGUGGCGGCUGUGACACUGUUGAUGCACUUCGGAGUGAAGUUUGACUUCUCACUGAACGCUGCAGAUGUGGUUACCAACGCUGACGAAAGCGCGCGCCAACAGGUUGAGCAGUUCCACCAGUAUACAGACAACAAUAUUAACCAACAACAAGUGUUUCAGGGCAAAGACGACCAUGAUGCAAAGAGCGCAACCCCAAACGCAGACACUGACCCAGCAGAUGUAGCAGGAAAUAAUGUAGAUACCCUCGAAGAGAAACAACCGAUGCCGGAGAGUCUACCAAAUCAACCGAUUCCGGGGCGUGCACCCCAUCAACCAUUCGAACCUGACAUGGAUGAACUCAGGAUCAAACCACCUGAAGAACAUGAAUUCAGUGGAAAGAAUGGCGUGUUGGAUGUGAAGGCGUUGUUGAAGGCUCAGCAGAGGCAGGAAAAGUACGAAGACGAGGAGUUGGAGCGCCGUUUACGUACACGUGGGGUCAAUUUGGAUAGCGUCAGUGAUCGAAAUCAGGAUAUCAAAGGCGAUAACGAUGAAGGCAGCCCAGAUGAGAAAGUUCCGGAAACAAUCGAAAGCAACGAAGACCGUGUGUCUGAUAACAAUCGCAACAGCCACAAUGCUGGCGAUCGAAAUUUUGCCACAGAGAAUGUGGGUGUGCGUGGUCAUAGGUUGCUAUACUUUGGUGAUGAGGAUAAUGUUGAAAGACCCAACCAGGCUAUAUUCCACCAGAUAUACACGAACAACGUCUGGGAGCCAGAUCACGCCGACGGUGGGACUGGUAGCAAAGGCGGAGGUGGUAGUGGCGAAGGCUCUGAUCCUGACCUGAUUGUCAAUCUGCCUGAGAUUCUGGACACUGUUGUGCUGGACUAUAAUGUCACUCGGUUGCUGGAUGCGGAAGUAGCCUUCCCAUAG